AAGGUUUUAGCCAUGGACAAGGACGACUACGACAACCAGAUGCACACGGUGGCAGACGACGAAGCCGAUGAAGAUGGCGACAUCGGACGCGAUGACGACGUCGGCUCGGACCUCGAGAUUGACGACGUCCAAAGAUCCUUCUCGCCGCUGAAUCUGAGCUCAUACGACUCGGUUGCGAAGCUGUCACGGGCCGAGUCGGCGGAAAUUUUCUCGAAAAAGUUUGCCGAGCGGUCGCAGGUCAAGAGCUCGAUGCUGGAGGAAGAAAAACUUCGGCGCCUUCAAAAGGAGAAGCGGCGACAGGCGAAUAUCGAAAAGUGGCAGUCCAAGCUCGCAAAGUCGCCGUUCAAAGUCAACCUCGUCGCGGACAACGAGCGGCUCGAUGAGGAAAACCGCGUGCGCUUGGCGGAGGAAGCGCGUCGCAUUCGCGCGCUUGAGAAGAAGACCAAGCAGGUCAAAAACGACAUCAUUCUCAAGGCGCUGCAAGAGACGUCCGACUUGGACGCCUUGCGACGUGAGAAGCGCGUUAUCAUGGAGGAGGAGAAGCGCCUGAAGGCGCUGCUGGACCUUGAAAAGACCAACUCGCACCGGAAGAUGGACAUGCUUGCGGCCCAGAACGCAGAGAAGAAGCGCAAGCAAGAGAAGAUUGAGUUCCGCAUGAAGCAGCGCAAGGACCAGUUGCAGACGCGCGACGAAGAAUACAAGAAACUCCUCAAGGAGAAGCUCGCUCUCGAAUAAGGAGACGCAUUAUACGAUACUUAGUUCAUGCCGUCGGGCGUCGACUUGACAAUGUACAAGUGGCUUUCGUCAAGAGAAACAGAGUACUCGUAGCUUGGGAAGGC